AUGUCGUCGACCUCGCCUUCAAAGGAACCGGAGGUAGACCCCGAGGUGCAAUCGGGCGAAGAACAGGAGCAUAUGGACAAAGAUCAGCACGACCACGCGAUCGCGGCGGGCGAGUUUGAGGUGAAGGAGCAAGAUCGGUGGCUUCCGAUUGCAAAUGUCGCACGAAUCAUGAAGCUCGCCCUGCCUGAAAACGCAAAGAUCGCAAAGGAAGCCAAGGAGUGCAUGCAAGAAUGCGUGAGCGAGUUCAUCUCAUUCAUCACUAGCGAGGCCUCGGAAAAGUGCCAGCAGGAGAAACGAAAGACGGUCAACGGCGAGGAUAUUCUGUUCGCCAUGACUUCGCUUGGAUUCGAGAACUACGCCGAGGCCCUGAAGAUCUACCUCUCUAAGUAUCGCGAGACUCAAUCUGCCCGCGACCCCCCCAGCAGUGGCUACGGUGGACCCGUCCCCGGUGCCGCUGGUCAAGGUCGCCCCGGAUUCCCCGACAAUGCGGAGGGGGCCAACACCAUCAUGAACUCUAGCCUUGACCCGUCGCAGCAAGACCCUUCAGCCUACGGAUAUGCGCCCAUGGUUGGUGAACCACACAACGGUGCCGGCGCCGACGCGUACUAG